UACAAUGAUGACCCAACCGUGCAUUUGGUCACCAGAACCUUGAUCCAACCCAUCAGGAACCCUGCCCCAGUGUUUGCCAGUGAUGGGUCCAUGAAGCUGGGUUCUCCGGACACGUCGUCUCAGUUUGUGCGGAAAUCCAGCCGAACUAAACAAACAACGGACGCCAGACCGCCGUUCGUCGUCCGACGAGUCCCAUCCAACAUUUUCGGCGCCAGUGUGCAAACCACGACGUCUGUCAAACGAGCCCGAUCCCUCACCCGCAAAUCACACCACAACCAUCAUCAUCAUCAUCACAAUAAUCAUCAACAUCAACAAGCAUCCACGCCGGUGUAUGCAUCAGAUUCCAAGACAUCCACGAAGGCGUGUUCGAGAUCAUCAUUGGCGAGCAAAAAGAGCGUCUUGUUUCGGAGUCGGUCGGCGGAUGACGUGGCUAUGCGGAUGAACAAGUCCAAGUCUGCGGAGGACCUGGUUAGGAUGCACGGGACGCCGCCGAAUUUGACUGGCGGCGGCGGUGGUGGUGGUGGGACGAGAAUGCCGCCGCAUGAUCGUCGCACUUGUCGCGUGUGUAACCUUUACGAGGAGUACUUUGGGGAGUGCUAUCCGGGGCAUAGUAACCCGAACGGUUCCUGGUCAUCGAGUGACGACGAAGCGGAUGACGACUGGGGAGACAGGAUCAGGACGAAAGUGACCAGUAAGGGUAUCGGAGCCAUGGUCUCAGACACUGGGAGCGACUGUAGUUUGUCUGUGGGCUGAAAAAAAGGACACUAAAUGCAUUCCCAAGUGGCAUUUUUUGUGUUUUCCGCGAAUUUUAUAGAGCGGUAGGUGGAUCUUCGAAUUACCUGGAACUUUUUUGCGGGUGUUGGUCUAAUUUUAUCUUCUUUUUUUCCCCCUUGUAUAUAUUGUAUAAGGUAGCGUUUUUUCUGAUGCGAGUUGGAGAAAAUUGGGUUGAAAUACGUUUUAGGUACGAGAAGUGUUACGAACAGCUGUUUCAUGGUUUUGCAAGCGCAAAAUUCAGUCAAUCAAAACAUUACGACUGAAAAUCACUGUACUGUGUGUGCUGUACGAUAGAACUCUGAUGAAUCGAACAUCCAAUGAUGCACAGUGUAGAACAGUAUUGAAACCAUAUGUUUCCCCGAAUAUCAAAAAAUAUCGUUUUCUUUUGUGACUAUAGUUCACACUUGUUUCCUUGGAUCUAUACAAUAAAGCAUGUGUGAAACUGGCUCUUGGAUUGAGGUUUUGCCGUAGAAUUGAGAAUUCUACGUUCAGCUAGUUUAAAGAAUAAAUUAGCUAUUCCCGAAAUAUUCGAACAUACCGGCAUUUUUGUUCAACGAGCUGUUUUUAGGAUUCGUUCGAAUAAUUGGAGCUGUAUUGUACAGUGUUCUCGGCAGUGAUGAAAGUUUGCUAAGCCGUAUCCAAGUUCUGUUUUGACACUUCAGAAAGUUAUCUCGAUACAAAUUGGAACUAGUCAAUUUUUUCCCGUCUUUGUGAUUCCUCGAAAUACUUUUGAAAUUCAAGGAUGACUGAGAUUUCGGUGCGGCUUUCGUCACCUGGAAUAUCUUUUUCGUGAUUUUGAUCGAGAGGUGUGUUCCUUUUUGCUAACGGUAUGUCGAAAUGCCCGUUCUAUAUCAGUGCUCUCAAAGAUGGAAAUUGUUCCGUCCAUUUUGUCUCAAUCGGAGCGGUGUUGUUUCAAUUUUGUUUGGUCUCUGAUGACUGUUGAUCCUCAAUGGAUGUAAACGAGUGUUCAAAAUCAACCGGAAAGGUUUUUCCUCGUCCUUCUCAUGAGAUAUCGCAUUUCGCCAUAAUUUAGUCUCCGUCCGCGUUGUUGCUUUCGAACAAGUGCUUUUUCUUUUGCAUCGGUAUAUAUAUAUAUAGAAAAUCAGAGUUUUAGGUCCGUAUUCAGAACGAAUUUAGGAAGUAUGUGGUACAGUGCAGUUGCAGCUUUUGAUGUACACGCGGCCAGAAGUGCACCGGAGUUACCUUAGGAAGUUACCAGAUCAUCUAGUCCUGAAGUGUGGUUCUGAGCGUGUUUUGGGUUAUUUUGCAAAUGUUGGGACUCUGCAUUUGUCUGAGCAUCGGAUGGAGUGAAAGGAAAAGAUCCGAUCAUCGAUUUUUUCCGAAGAUGUGCAGUCCUAAUGUUGCAGAAAAAGCCCAGCAUAUUCUUUAUCCCACACUGCCAACUGUUAGUUUGAAUUCCAUGCGUUAACAUGGGAAGGUAUCAAUAAAAAUUUCGUUUGAAAGAGAAA